AUCAUCCUUUUCUUAGGAAUAUCAAUGCAGUUACUAAUGUGGCUGUACUCUUCUUCAGUUGCAGUCAAUAUUCAAGGGUUCACACAGAUACCCUCAGUACAACAGUUACUGACCAUGUGAUAUGUUAUUAGCACCUUUAGUAUCAGUUUAACUUAUGAGAUUUUGAAAAGAAAAUUCUAUUAAAAAUUCAAAAUACAGUGUGUGUGCAUGCAUGCAUUCAUGCACGUAUUGCCUGUAUUCAAAAUAGACAAGUUUCAGCUAUAACUGUUACUAUGUUUAUUCACUUGUGAUGAAAAUGAAAGAGGGACAAAUUAAUUUGAAUUUAUCAAUUAAAACAAGAAGAAAGCUUUGAUCUCAUGAGAGAGGUAUCAUUAUAGUACUUACUAGUAUGUGCAAAAGCAGUUUAUGCCCUAAAUUUCUUGGUUACUCCAGCAAGAUGAUCAAGAAGACAAGGAAAUUGCAAUUAAAUGUUGUAAUCGGUAUGAAGAAAAACCUACAGAUCUGAAAAUCUAAAUAGACAAAUUCCUGCAUAAUGUACACCCAGGGUUUCCUAACAGGUGCCCUCUCUGCUGCUGCUGUGUAUGCAAUAUACACUGUGCUGGUGGAGGGCAGUCUCUCAGGGAUAAAACAAUCAUCUAAUCAUGACGCAGAAUUUCACAAGAAUGACAUCGCUAGUGGUGAAGACAUCUUGAAAUAUGGAGUACCGAACAGAGGGCCUGCCCUGCGAUAUUACAGAAAUCACAUCCUGGCUUAUGAUCAGAGUAAAAGGACUCCAGUCUGGGUGGCUGAACACCUGACCAAAGAAAAACUCCAUGGCAAUGCUGACAGAAGGAAGUCCAAGUUCCGCCCAGAUCCUGCCGUGCCUUCAAUGUUCAGCUCAGGGAAUGGAGACUACUUGGGCAGUGGGUGGUCCAGAGGUCACAUGGCACCUGCAGGGGACAAUAAGUAUGAUCAGGAAGCCAUGGAUGACACGUUUUACCUGACUAACAUAGUACCCCAGGAUAUGGAAAACAAUGCCGGUUUCUGGAACCGCUUUGAGAUGUUCUGUCGAGAUCUGACCAAACAAUUCACAGAUGUCAGGGUCAUCAGUGGACCCCUUGCACUGCCCAACCUAGAGGAGGACGGGAAGAAAUAUGUGAAAUAUGAGGUAAUUGGAGACAGCAUGGUACCUGUACCCACUCAUCUCUUCAAAGUCAUCCUCACAGAAAACGCAGAAACGGAUCAACAUUCCCAAUUCUUGGGAGCAUUCAUAGUACCCAACGUCCCCAUUUCCUCGGAACACAAGCUCCAGAAAUUCCAGGUCCCUUUGGAAGACCUGGAGAGGGUUGCUGGGGUGACAUUUUUCGAUAAGUUGGACAAAGGUCAAGUGCAGGAUUUGUGCAGUAGUGACCGCUGUCAGUUAAUUCCGCAGAAACACUUUGAGAUGCAUUUCAUUGGAAGACGCAUGGAGAAUGCUAAGACUGUGGAGGAGUUGGAAAAUAUUUGGAAUGAGAUGAAAAAUAAGAAAUCAAAACCCACAAAAGACAUUAAAAACUUGUAUGAAGAGAGGAAGGAAGAAUUAAUGCCAGACAGAAUGCGAGCUGAACUAAAAUGAAUUAUGCUUUUUUAUCCCUUUUUUACCUUUAUAUUCAUUUUAUGGUCAUAAAAUGAUCGUAAGUCAUAUUGAUUGAAUUACGAGCUGAACUUUGAUGAAUUAUGCUUUUUUAUCCCUUUUUUACCUUUAUAGUAAUUUUUUGAUAAUGAGACAAAUUGGCUGAAAAGUUAAGCAGUGGCAAGGUAUGAUUUCAUGCACUUUUUUUCUCAUCAUCAUUUUUGAGAAAUUUUGUUGCUGUGAUCAUGAAAUGUAGAUUCCUCUUGUUAUUCUAGUCACAUGUAUGGAGGCUCAGAGUCUAAGGAACUCCAACUUCUUUAUCUACAUCCUAUUUAUAUUUUUAUAUGCUUCAUUUCUAAAAAAUUAUAAAAAUUGAAUAAUCUGGCCCUAUCUGCCUUUAUAAAAGAAAUUCAUUGAACUUUUCAAACAUUGUUGAAUUUUAUGGUCAGGUAAGUGUUGGAGUUUUUCUAACAAAUCAGUUACUACUACCAGUAAAGGUUAAGUUUUUUCAGAAUGGUUCAACGUAUCACCGCACUGGAUAAUUUUCUCUCGGAAUUUUUAGAAAUGCGUUUAUAAUCAACUUAAUACAUUUAGCUCAGUACAUUUGACAUUCAGUUAUGAGUCAAAGGUAUAUUGUAGUAACCUUAAAUCUAGGCAACAUAGAUAUUGACAGCUGAGGUGAUUGAUAACGUACCUGGUGUAACACCGCAGGAAAAUCUGUAUAAAAGGAAUUGGUCCCCAAACUAAGGUUGAUAAUUUAAUGGCAUUGUAAUGUUUACAGCCUAAUUAGAUGUGGAUCUCUUUGUACAGCUAAUGUGAUGAGUUUGUGGUCUGCAAUAAAUCACAGAGAGAGCGGAU